UCCCUUCGCUCAUUCCCCACCCCCACCUGUCCCAUCAGACAUCCAAACCCUCCUCGAUCGGUUUCCAGAAGUCUUGGCCGAGCCACAUGGAAUCCCCAUGCGACCGGUCCGACACACCAUCGAGUUGGUCGAGGGUGCUGUUCCUCCAAAGGGUUGCGUGUGCCGUAUGGGACCCGGCGAGUUGGAGGAACUCCGGCGACAGAUCGAUGAGAUGAUUGACAAAGGGUGGAUCAAACCUAGUGAAUCUGAAUUUGGUGCUCCUGUCUUGUUUGUGCCAAAGAAGGGAGGCAAACUCCGCAUGUGUAUUGAUUACCGCGGUCUAAACCGCAUCACAAUAAAGAAUGCUUAUCCAUUGCCUCGUAUAGAUGACUUGCUUGAUGUUGCAAGCGGGUGCAAGGUCUUCUCCAAGAUUGAUCUCAAGUCUGGCUACCACCAGAUUGAAGUAGAUCCUGCGGACCAGCACAAGACUGCGUUCAAAACACGCGACGGGAUUUAUCAGUUCACCGUAAUGCCCGUCGGUCUUACGAAUSCACCCGCCACUUUCCAAAGCCUCAUGGACAAGGUCCUCCGCGAACAGAUUGGCCGGUUUGUGGUAGUAUACCUGGAUGAUAUUCUGAUCUUCAGCAAGUUCAUGGAGGAACAUCUCAAGCAUCUUGAGGAGGUGCUCGCUAUCCUCAAGAAGUCACAACUUCAUCUCAACUUGGAGAAAUCUGAGUUUGGGAAGGACAACCUCAUCUAUCUUGGGCAUUAGUUGUCUGCUGCAGGCCUAGAGGCCUGAGGCAACCAAGAUUGAGGUCAUACGCGAUUGGCCUCAGCCUGCGAACAUUCGCGAAUUGCGUUCUUUCCUUGGUCUCGCGUCCUUCUAUCGGAAGUUUGUGCCCCGCUUCUCUAUCAUUGCUCGUCCAUUGCCGCCACUAACCAGUAAAAAUGUGCCUUAUUC